CUGAUUCCUCUAUUUUUCUUCCAUGCGUCUCUUCUUCUAUAAAAUCACCACUGACGAAUUUCCUUUCUUAUAACCAAAAUGCUGAAGCCGCAACUUUACCAAUCUCCUGCCUCAAAGACCCAUUUCUUGCUCCCUAAACCCUUCAUUCAUGGAAAUGGAGGCCAAACUAAUAUCCCUAUUCUUUCAACGUGCUCACUACUUAAAACACACACAAAGUUUCAGAGAAAGUUUAGAGUUGGGUGCCAACAUUCUGCCGGGAGCGCAAAAACCCUAGCAAGCAUUUCACAGGAGCUGCAAAAGUCUACGAAAGUGAAAGCUAUAGUUACUGUGACCAGAACGGUCGGCGGAUUCCUGUCGGACAUCGGGAUAGACCGAGGAUUUGAUGAUAUUAUUGAUGUUCUUGGCAAAACUCUCCUCCUUGAACUCGUUAGUUCAGAGCUUGAUCCCAUGACCGGAGAGGAGAAGGCGACGAUAAAAGCGUACGCGCACAAGAAAGACGACGAAGGGCCGGAAGUAAUUUAUGAAGCAGAUUUUGAAGUCGACGGUAGUUUUGGAGAAGUGGGUGCCGUAUUUAUUGAAAAUGAGCACCGGAAAGAGCUGUUCGUUAAGGAUAUUGUUCUUGAAGGAUUCAUCACAGGCUCUGUUACUCUAUCUUGUGACUCAUGGGUUCAUGCCAAGAAUACCAACCACCCAAAAAGGCUCUUUUUCACCACUAAGUCAUAUUUGCCGUCACAUACGCCGGCGGGACUAAGGCGGUUCAGAGAGGAAGAACUUGCGCAUUUAAGAGGCAAUGGUCAAGGAGAGCGACAGAAAGGCGACCAGAUUUAUGAUUACGAUGUCUACAAUGAUCUUGGUAACCCUGACAGUAAUCCUGACCUUAAAAGACCUGUGCUCGGCGGCAAACAUAACCCUUAUCCUAGACGUUGCCGAACAGGCCGCGCAAGGACCAAAACAGAUCCGCAAUCUGAGUCCCGGGGCCUCAGCGUCUACGUUCCUCGUGAUGAAGAAUUUUCAGAACUUAAGGGGGUAACAUUUUCAGCAAAGACAGUCUACUCAGUAUUGCAUGCAUUGAUUCCAUCAUUGGAGUCUGCACUAGUAGAUCCUGACCUUCCAUUCCCGUACUUCACGGCCAUAGAUUCUCUUUUCAAUGAAGGGAUUAACUUGCCACCUCUUAAAGAGCAAGGGUGGAAGGAUAUCUUCCCUCGCAUUGUUAAGACUAUAGAAGAUGAAACCAGAGAGGUUUUGGCAUUUAAUACCCCUGAAACGAUGGAGAGAGAUAGAUUUUUCUGGUUUAGGGAUGAAGAAUUCGGUAGGCAGACUCUUGCUGGUCUUAACCCAUUGAGCUUACAAUUGGUUAUGGAAUGGCCUCUGAAAAGUACACUUGAUCCCGAGAUCUAUGGACCUCCCGAGUCAGCAAUUACUACAGAAAUGAUUGAGCAACAAAUCAAAGGAUUCAUGACAGUUGAAGAGGCUAUAAAACAAAAGAAGUUGUUCAUGUUAGACUACCAUGAUAUGUUCUUACCAUUUGUGAGCAAAGUAAGACAGCUUGAAAAUACCACAUUAUAUGGCUCUAGGACAAUAUUAUUCUUAUACCCAGAUUGCACAUUGCGGACACUAGCCAUUGAGCUCGUGCGUCCACCAAUGGAUGGAAAGCCACAAUGGAAGCAGACCUUCACGCCAACUUCUGAUGCCACAAGUGUUUGGCUUUGGAGACUUGCCAAAGCUCACGUACUUGCACAUGAAUCAGGCUAUCACCAACUUAUUAGCCACUGGUUGAGAACACAUGCUUGCACAGAACCCUACAUAAUUGCAGCCCAUCGGCAGCUUAGUGCGAUGCAUCCUAUUUACAGGCUCCUUCAUCCACAUUUUAGAUACACAAUGGAGAUCAAUGCUUUAGCUAGAGAAGCACUAGUUAAUGCAGGAGGCAUUAUCGAAUCUGCAUUCUCUCCUGGCAAGUAUUGUAUGGAGAUGAGCUCUGUUAUUUAUGGUAAGUUUUGGAGGUUUGACCAAGAAGCAUUGCCUGAAGAUCUAAUCAGCAGAGGGAUGGCCGUUAAAGACCCAUCAUCUCCACAUGGCGUAAAAUUAACGAUCGAAGACUACCCAUAUGCCAGCGACGGACUACUUCUUUGGGAUGCAAUUAAAAGCUGGGUGAGUGAUUAUGUCAAUCACUACUAUCAAGACCCAAGUCUAAUAUUGUCGGACAAAGAACUCCAGGCAUUUUGGACUGAAGUUCGAACAGUUGGCCAUGGUGACAAAAAAGAUGAACCCUGGUGGCCUGAGCUGAAAACGCCAAAAGACCUGAUAAAAAUUAUCACAACAAUGGUAUGGGUAACCUCAGGACACCAUGCUGCAGUGAACUUUGGACAAUAUACAUAUGCAGGCUAUUUCCCAAAUAGACCUACAGUUACGAGAUUGAAAAUGCCGAACGAAGAUCCAACUGACGAGGAUUGGAAGCUUUUUAUGGAAAAACCGGAAUGCAUACUCUUGUUGACUUUCCCUACACAGAUUCAGGCAACAAGAGUGAUGGCUAUUCUAGAUGUAUUGUCUACUCAUUCUCCUGAAGAAGAAUAUCUGGGAGAGAAUAUCGAGCCAGGCUGGGCUCAAGACCCUGUCGUAAAUGCAGCAUUUGAGAAAUUCAAAGGAAGGUUGAAGGAAUUAGAAGGGAUAAUUGAUGGAAGGAAUGCUGAUCCGAGUUUGAAGAACCGAAAUGGAGCUGGAAUUCCGCCUUAUGAGCUUUUGAAGCCCUUCUCAGAGCCUGGAGUUACAAGUAAAGGAGUUCCUUACAGUAUCUCUAUUUGAUGUAACCUGAAAAUGUAUGUUGCUUUCAAUGCCACCACCGUAUGUAUUUCGUUCUCCAUCUAAUGUAUAACUAAUCGCCUUCAAUGAUUAAUAAUGCUUGUGUCAAAAAUAUUAAAAGAUCCUUGAACUUUCAAAUUUA